UAUCCAGCUGCUUUGAGGUCAGUCAGAAUCCGUAUAAACUGUCCAGACACACGGACGCGUAGAAGGGUGCAGAAAAUCACGCAAGCCCUCAAUAACAUGUCAUUGUGUUGCUCUGUCUGUCCAGAUCCGUCGGCGGGUGACUGAAGAUAGCUCGGAGGGCUGCUGAAUCGCUCUCGUUGGAACAAGCCGUGGACAUUUGCCAAAGGAGCAGGGUUACUUGGGAGCGACUCAUGUGGUGGCGCUGACAGGAAACUCUUGAGUUUUGAUUCCACUGACGGCGACUCCUCAACUCGAUUCGGAAUCAUACUGAACUCGAGCGCGCGGGCAUUGAACAUUUGCGCCGUUUUCUUUUAGGGAUUUUCAGCCUGAGCAACUUGAAAGAAAAUUAGGAAGAAAAAUAAACAAAUACUAAUUAAACACCCUUAUUACUGCACUAUUGAUCAGCCCGUUGGACGAUUUUAAAAAUGUCAAGUCCUCUUCCGAAGUUCAAAAAGGAUAAAGAGAUCAUUGUAGAGUACGAGAGUCAAGUCAAAGAGAUCCGAGCCCAGUUGGUGGAACAGCAGAAAUGUCUGGAGCAGCAGACGGACAUGAGGGUGCAGCUCCUUCAGGACCUCCAGGACUUCUUCCGCAAAAAGUCAGAGAUCGAGAUGGAGUACUCGCGCAACCUGGAAAAACUGGCCGAACGAUUCAUGGCCAAGACCAGAAGCACAAAGGAUCACCAGCAAUAUAAGAAGGACCAGAAUCUCUUGUCCCCGGUAAACUGCUGGUACCUGUUGUUGAACCAGGUUCGAAGGGAGAGCAAAGAUCAUGCAACUCUAAGUGACAUUUAUCUGAACAACGUCAUCAUGCGCUUCAUGCAGAUUAGUGAAGACUCCACACGCCUUCUAAAAAAGAGUAAAGAAAUCACCUUUCAGCUGCAAGAGGAUCUGAUGAAAGUCCUCAACGAGCUCUAUACGGUGAUGAAAACCUACCAUAUGUAUCACACUGAGAGCAUCAGUGCGGAGAGUAAGCUGAAAGAGGCAGAAAAGCAGGAGGAGAAACAGAUUGGACGCACUGGAGAUCCGGUCUUUCACAUCCGGCAAGAGGACAGACCCCAGAGAUGGAGCUCUGUGAAGAAGAUUGAGAAGAUGAAGGAGAAGAGACAAGCCAAGUACUCUGAGAACAAGCUGAAGUCCAUCAAAGCUCGGAACGAAUACCUGCUGACACUUGAAGCCUCUAAUGCUUCAAUCUUCAAGUAUUACAUUCACGACUUGUCAGACUUAAUAGACUGCUGUGAUCUGGGGUACCAUGCCUCUCUGAACCGGGCUUUGCGGACCUACCUCUCGGCCGAAUAUAACCUGGAGACAUCCCGUCACGAAGGCCUGGACAUCAUAGAGAAUGCUGUGGACAGUCUGGACCCCCGUAGUGACCGCCAGCGUUUCAUGGAAAUGUACCCUACUGCCUUCUGCCCACCAGUCAAAUUUGAAUUCCAACCACAUAUGGGAGAUGAGGUGUGCCAGAUCACGGCCCAACCUCCUGUGCAGGCUGAACUCCUGCUGAGGUUCCAGCAGCUGCAGUCCCGGCUAGCAACUCUUAAGAUCGAGAGUGAGGAGAUAAAGAAGACCUCAGAAGCCACUCUCACUACCAUUCAGGACAUGGUGACCAUCGAGGACUACGACGUGUCAGAAUGCUUCCAUCAUAGCCGUUCGACCGAAUCAGUCAAGUCCACAGUCUCAGAAACCUACCUCAGCAAGCCAAGCAUCGCCAAGAGACGUGCCAACCAGCAGGAGACAGAGCAGUUCUAUUUCAUGAAAUUCCGUGAGUAUCUGGAGGGCAGCAAUCUCAUCACUAAGCUACAGGCUAAGCAUGAUCUACUGAAGAGGACCAUCGGUGAUGGUUACCGGCCUGAGUACGCAACCACAAGGCCACCCAGUCUUCCUCCUAAACCGUUUGGCACUCACAGGUCCAGGCCACGCUCUGUAUUUAACGUUAAGCUGUUUAAUGGCAAUUUGGAGUCAUUUGUUAAGGACUCUGGACAAGCAAUACCAAGAAUUGUUGAGAGUUGUAUUCGAUUUAUUAAUCUAUAUGGUCUUCAACAUCAAGGGAUUUUCAGAGUUUCUGGAUCUCAAGUUGAAGUCAACGAUAUCAAGAACUCGUUUGAGAGAGGUAAUGAUCCCCUGACAGACGAAGAGAAUAACCAUGAUAUAAACUCUGUGGCUGGGGUUUUGAAACUCUACUUUCGUGGUCUGGAGAAUUCUCUGUUUCCAAAGGAGAGAUUCAAUGAUCUUAUCUCCUGUGUCAGAAUAGAUAAUCUGUAUGAGAGAGCUCUGUAUAUUCGUAAGAUUCUCCUGACUGUCCCCAGAUCAGUGCUUGUGGUCAUGCGUUAUCUGUUCGCCUUUCUCAACCACCUGUCCCAAUACAGCGAUGAGAAUAUGAUGGACCACUAUAAUUUGGCCAUCUGCUUUGGACCCACCCUCAUGCCCACUCCAGACACGCAGGACCAGGUCUCCUGCCAGGCUCAUGUCAAUGAGGUCAUCAAAACCAUCAUCAUCCACCAUGAGACCAUCUUUCCUGACGCGAAGGAGCUUGACGGCCCUUUGUAUGAGAAGUGUAUGGCUGGUGGCGACUAUUGUGAGAGUCCAUAUAGUGAACAUGGAGCUCUAGAGGAGGCUGAUCAGGAUGGAGGAACAGAGACCCACACCAGUGAAGAUGAAACCUGCCUGAGUUAUGCCAUUCCAGACAGCGCGUUACAUCUGCCGGGCUUUCAGCUGUUCAGAGCGGAUCACAUCACGGAGUUAAAAGGGAAAACAAGAGGUGGUGGAACAUGCUUUUACAUCAAUGAAGAGGGGGAGCCCAUCGAAGCCAUUGCGAAGUUUGACUACGUUGGGCGUUCAGCACGGGAGCUGUCUUUUAAAAAGGGUGCAUCUCUUCUGCUGUACCAGAGAGCGUCAGAUGACUGGUGGGAGGGCAGACAUAAUGGCAUAGAUGGCCUAGUGCCUCACCAGUACAUUGUUGUGCAGGACAUGGAUGACACGUUCUCUGACACUCUGAGUCAGAAAGCGGACAGUGAGGCCAGCAGUGGACAUGGAGGAGAGGAGAAAUUCUCUAGCAGGGACAUAGGAUCUCCAAUGGACAGCAGACUACCUGAUCCAUACAUCAGUAGCCGACACAGGAAGAGGAGUGACCCCCCAACCCGCCGGCCUCCAGCCCGGCCCUCUGACGCUCACUGCAUGGUCCACCCCUCUCAGUGCCACCACAAUAACCACAGCAGCCACGGUAGUCACGGGACACCAGACUUGGGCUCCAAAGUGAUGGGUCACUACAGCCCGCGGGACAUGCUGAGGGGAAGAGGACACAUGCCCAUGGACAGUCCCGAGAGACGCAGACGGAUGGGCCACGGCAGCCUGACCAACAUCAGCCGCCACGAGUCCAUAAAGAAGAUAGAAAGCCCGCCCAUACGCAGGUCCACAUCUUCAGGCCAGUACACAAGCUUCACCGAGCCUCACGGCAAGAGUCUGGAUGCAGAGAGCAUCGCACAGGACAUCGAGGAGACGAUGAACACUGCUCUGAAUGAGCUGAAGGAGCUAGAAAGGCAGAGUUCUGCCAAACAUGCCCCUGACGUGGUGCUGGACACCCUGGAGCAGAUGAAGAAUGUUCCCACUCCGGCCAGCUCCACCGAGUCCCUCAGCCAACUGCACGGUCUCCUGCUGCGGCCUGCCGCCACCGAGCCGCCCAUGCGGCGUAGCACGAGUUCAUCCAGCGACACCAUGAGCACCUUCAAGCCCGCAGUGGCUCCACGCAUGGGGGUGCAGCUCAAGCCCCCCGCUCUGCGGCCAAAGCCCAUCGUGACCAUACCCAAGAUGGGAGCAGCACAGCAUCCGGUGCCCCCUCCACAGGAUCCACUAGACAAAUCCUGCACCAUGUGACCUCAUUCAGGGACAGAGAGGACACAACAGUUGAGGGACAACGUAAGAUAGAGACCACUGCAAUAGGAGCUAGAGUUAUAGUUUGGCUUCCAUUUGUGGUUCUUCAUGUUGCUCUGUGGCAUCAAUGUCCUCUCCAUCAUUUCAUUUGCUUUUGAGAGGAAUGGACUAAAGCAAAUGAACUGUAGGUUUAAUACAGAUGUAGUAAUAAGUCUCUUGAUACUUUGUUACUGUGAUCAGCAUUACCAAGCUCACUAGCUGGGCUUUGAACAUGUGUGAAUCGUUAACGUUAUAGGGUGAAUUAAAGAGAUAGUUCACCCAAAAAUGAACGUUCUCUCAUCAUUUACUCCCCUCAUGCCAUCCCAGUUGUGUAUGACUUACUAACCUUUUCCAUUUUUGUGUGAGUUAUCCCUUUAAACAGGUGUUUACUAUUUUAGAGGGUUAUACUUUCUCUUGCGUGUAGGUGUAACUUGUCACUUUAAUAAAACAAAGGGACAUUCUUAGAUCUUGCAGAGCAAGAUACCUAAAAUAUACUGUUUGCUUGCAGGUACAACACCUUAUUUCCCUCUGUGAAUAGAUUAAGAAAUUCAAACAUUGAUACUAAAGAAAGCAACAAUUCAUUUUGGCUUCCUGUGUGGUUAGGGUGACUUUUUACACCAGUAGUUUACAUCCAGACUGCUAAAUGUGAAUAAUACAGAAACUAAGCGGGGUCUUUGGUUUCUUUGUGUGUUUACAGCUUACAGGAAAUGUAGUCUUUACAUCUCAGAGUGUUUGUAUAGUUGGACCUGCCUGGUUGGCUUUUUGACUUUUUGGAGUGAGUGGAAUGUUGACAUUGGAAACCUCACUGCCACAUUAGGGCAUGUAAUGUUACAUCUGAUGCCCAUUCUGAUUGGCUGUUGGAGGCAGUUGGAAGUUGUCAACUCCUAAGUUGCAUCAGCAAGGCUUUACUUUGAAUAUUAUAUUUUUUGAUAAUAAUAUUUGAAUAUGUUCCCAGUGAGUUUGCAUACACCACAUCUUCAUUGAACAUGUUGAACAACCAUUUUCCCAGUUGAAUGGUUAUAAGUACUUCACAAAUGUUCUUAUUUAGAAAGAUAUAUAUUGUAUAUACACAUGUACAUCCACUAAAACUUUUUUCUUAUUUACAUUACAUUGUCCCAGAUCAAAGAGGUGCUCACUAGAGGCAAUGUUUUCUUUCUAUAUUUUUUUUAGGAUCUGUCUGCUUGGUUAGAUGUACAGUGCUGUGGAAAAUAAUCUGCCCCAUCCUGAUUUCUUCUGUUUUUGUUUAUUUUGCAUACUAAAUUGUUUUAGAUCUCAAACAUGAUAUUACAUAAAACAAAGGCAACCUGAGUAAACACAAAAUACAGUUUUAAAAUAUAUAAUUUUUUUUUAAUUGAAGCAAAAAAUCUAUCCAACACCUAUGUCACUCAUAUGAAAAACGAAAUGCCCCCUUAAACUUAAUAGCCGAUUGUGCCAACUUUAGCGGCAACAACUGCAAGCAAACGCUUGCGAUAACUGGAGGUCAGACUCUCAAUGCUGUGGUGGAAUUUUGGCCCAUUCUUCUUUGCAGAUCUUCUUUAGUUCAGCCACAUUGGUGGGUUUUUGAGCAUGAACUGCCUGUUUAAGGUUCUGCCACCACAUCUCAAUCGGGUUCAAUUCAGGACUUUGACUAGGCCACUCCAAAAAUGUUACUACUUUUGAGCCAUUCAGAGAUAGACUUACUCCUAUGCUUUGGUUCAUUGUCUUGCUGCAUAUUCCAGUUGUGCUUGAGCUUCAACUCAUGGACUGAUGAAGUUCUCCUUUAGAAUAUUCUGGUAGAGAGCAGUAUUCAUGUUUCCCUCAAUUACUGCAAGUCGCCCUGGCCCUGAAGCAGCAAAACAUCCCCACACAAUCACACUACCACCACCAUGCUUGACCAUAGGUAUGAUGUUCUUUUUGUGGAAUUCUGUGUUUGAUUUAUGACAGAUGUAAUGGGUACCCAAGUCUUCUAAACAGUUCCACUUUCGACUCAUCAGUCCUCAGAUCAUUCUCCCAAAAGCUUUGAGGAUCAUCAAAGUGUGUUUUGGCAAAAUCCAGACAAGCCUUAUUGUUUUUCUAGGUUAGCAGUGGUUUUCAUCUCACCAUUCAUACAUGGAUGCUAUUUUUGUCCAGUGACUUUCUGAUAGUGGAGUCAUGAACUUUAUUGAUGCUAGAGAGGCCUGCAGUUCCUUGGAUGUUGUCCUUGACUUUUUUGUGACUUCCUGGAUAAGUCGUUGUUGUGCUCUUGGAGGAAUUUUGGAAGGUCGGCCACUUCUGGGAAGGUUCAAUACUGUGUCGUUUUCUCUAUUUGGAUAGAAUGGCUCUUACUCUGGUUCUUUGGAGUCCCAGAGCCUUUGAAAUAGCUUUGUAACCCUUCCCAGACUGAUGUAUUUAAAUCAACUUUUUCCUCACCAUUUCUGGUAUUUCUUUUGACCUCGGCAUAGUGUGCUUCCUGCUGCUAAAAAAGUUCUAUUUAUGUGUUGAUUUGAUUGAACAGGGUUGGCAGUAAUCAAGCCUGUGUGUGUCUAGUUCAGCUGAACCCCAUUAUGAAUGGAGUUUCAUAGAUUUGGGUAUUUAGUAACUAAGAGGGCAAAUACUUUUUCACACAGGCCCAGUUGGUAUUGGAUAACUUUUUUGCUUCAAUAAAUAACAUUAACAUUUAAAAAAAUGUAUUUUGUUUAACCAGAUGGCCUUUUUUAUAUGAGAUUUUGUUUGAAUUUUUAAAAACAUUUAGUAUGAGAUAUACACAAAAACAGAAGAAAUCAUAGUGGGGGCAAAUAUUUUUGUGAAUAGUUAAGUCUAACUGACAUAAAACAUAAAGUUCUUCUACAAGUGCUGCUUAGAGUGCGAUACGGAUAGGCUAGAAGAAACUUUCCUGGUCUGCUUGGCUGUCUAAAUGCUCGGCUUGGCUCUAUCCUAUAAAGCAUGAAUGAUAAUCCUUGUAGUUGUGAUAUGCAAGUACUUUUCUAGAAACUUUCUAAAGAAGAUUUAAGGCAGUAGUUCUUGUUGUUUCACCAAACAAGGGAAUGAUGCCGAUAACCAUGGACUUAGAGACUGUUACUGCAGUACUUUAAUGGAAUAGUACUGAUUUUCUUGUUAUCUCCCAUUAAUCCUUUUUAAUAAUGUCACUUACAGCACCUCACCCAUAUUAAAGGAAUAGUUCACCCAAAAAUAAAUAAAAUGUUUACUCACCCUGAUGUUGUUCUUAACAAGUUUGAUUUUCUCUCUUCUGUGGAAAACAGAUCUUAGGAAGAAUGUUAGCCUCAGUCACCGUUCACUGCAAGAUACCCAAAGACGAAGCAUUUGCACUCACAAAAGGCCAGUGAUUUAACUCCAACCAGAUAAAAAGCCAAAAUCACAAAAGCUGUAAUGGGAUUUCAUUUAUAGUAUUUCAAUCCGACAAUAAUGCAUCCAUUUCUGACAUUAAUGAUUAAUCGUACAAGUGUGUUUAUAUUAUUAUGACAGUUUGACAACACAAUAGCUUAUAAUGUGUGUGUGCUUGUACUAUAUUAAUUGAUAAUUAUAAAUAAAUGUACUCAUAUUUAGGUAGAAUAUGUUCUGAAUUGUUUUUGGAUGACUAUACAGAAUGGUCCAUUGUCCAGUACUGAACCAAGGGAACAAACUGUAUCUAACUUCAAGGAAAAUAAAAGCAAUGCCUGUUUUUAACAUUUAAUUAUAAGGUUGAUGAGCAUAUAAAAAAAGCCUUUUGUUUACCAAUUUUUACUGAGCAAUAUUACAAUUCCAUUUCUUUCUUUUUUUUAAAGAGUACAUUACAUUGAUAAGCCUUAAGAAAUAGUGUUCUCCCUGCAAAUCUAAGAACAGUAGCGAAUCUCUGUACUUAAUAGCUGUUAUAACGGUGUUGUCAUGAAUAUCUCUGUACUAUGUACUUGUGAAGUGCCUUUAAACUAUUUUAGAGAAACUUCAUACAAACGUCCUCUGUGUUGUGGCAUUCUUAUUUCAGAUCCAGUGUACCCAGUUGGGAUUACAGUAAAUAAAUUAUUACUAACAUGGUUCUGUUAAUUAAGUUGUAUGAAUUGUCAAGUAAAGAUACUGCUUAUCCGUUGUGAUGGCACUUUUAUGUCUGUAUAUUUGGCAUGUGACAUCCUAAAAAGUUGUAGAGCUCUUUGGAGGAUUGCUCCUUUCUAAUAAAAAACAUAGUUUG